AUGGCAUCAACGACAGUUGCUAAUGGAUAUAAUAUCGACAAUGUUCCCGCCACCGAUAGAUACUAUGGCGCACAACAACAUCAACAUCAACAUCAACAACCAAAGAAGUUUGGCGGAGUCAAUCAAACAAAGAGAAUUGGAAACUACUUGCUCGGCAAAACAAUUGGUGCAGGAACAUCCAGCAAGGUUAAGCUGGGUACCAAUAUAAUCACUGGAAAAAAGGUGGCCGUAAAGAUUACAAAACCCAGGAAGACCAAGGAGCGCACUGAGAUCGAGCGUGAGAUAUCCAUUCUCAAGGUGCUCAAACAUGAUCACAUAGUCCAAUUGAUAGAUGCUAUAUAUGACGAGGAGAAGGGCAGGAUAUGUCUGGUCCUGGAAUAUAUCCAGGGUGGAGAGUUGUUUGACUACAUUGUCUCACGUGGUCGUCUUUCCGAACGUGAUGCUCGCAAGCUUAUACGUCAGAUCAUCGCCGGUCUAUCCUACUGCCAUUCCAACAAUGUAUGCCAUCGUGAUCUAAAGUUGGAGAACAUCUUGAUCGAUGAUAAUGGAAACAUCAAGAUUAGUGACUUUGGUUAUAGUAACUACUUUAAGCCAGGCAACUUGCUUGGUACAUUCUGUGGAUCGCCUGUCUAUGCACCACCAGAGAUUUUGUUGGAGAAGAAGUAUAAUGGAGGCGAGGUUGACAUAUGGAGCAUUGGUGUCAUCCUCUAUGCAAUGGUCACUGGUCAACUGCCAUGGACAUUGACCGAUGGUGUUCAAGUUGAGGGUCUGGACAGGCUACUGAAGGGAGAGUUUAGAUUCCCUCCAAGUGUAUUGCUGAGCAAUGAGGUGAAGCAACUGAUAUGUAGAAUGAUCGUUGCCAAUCCAGGAGAUAGAGCAAAGAUGUCUGAGAUCAAGAGCAAUGCAUGGAUCAAUAAGGGUUAUGAGUUGGAUCCUGAACAAGAGUAUUAUAAGAAGCAUGGCAAUGAUGACUCGAGAAUGGAGGACGCGUAUAGGAUGAUGAGGGAGAAUAGGUCACCAUUGUAUAACAGUGCGCCAAACAUACCUUCACCAGCAUUAUCGUCGCCAACUGCCUCCAUGUCCAUGAACAACUCGUUCUGUGGCACAACCAGUCUGAUGGUUGGUACCUCUCCAUCAAUGGGCUCGCCUGCACACAGUGGCAUGGCUACACCAAUGCUCAGUCCAAUCUCGUCCAACUCUUCAUCGCUGUCUAGCUCUUGUGCCCAGCCCCAGUCACUCCCAGCCACGUCUCCUCUGUCGCUGUCGACACCUUCCUCCGGAAGUAGCAAGGCCAGUUUAUUUCAUGGACUGUUCAAGAAGAAGCAGAGCAGUUCCAGUGGUGCAAGUAGUAGCAGUGGCCAUAGCAGCUGCAAUGGCGCUGACCUUGACACAUCCGAUGCUUGUUCGGCUGUAGAGUGUUCUAAGGAGCACGACCCUGCUGCCUCUGUUGCAACCAAAAGACGUUUCAACCUAGAAGACAUGCUAAAGGCUUUGAAGGGCGGGAAGACCAAGCAUCAGGCCAUCCAUGUCAAUAAAUAG